AUGAUCAUUGGUUCAUGGUUCAUAUCACCGGUUCUCUCAGGUGUCGUUUCUACGGGGAUAUUCUUGCUUAUAAGAUUAUAUAUAUUAAAUGAUCCUGACCCUUUGGAGCCAGGACUAAAGUUCCUUCCAGCAUUUUAUGCUGUCACUGUGGCUGUAAAUCUCUUCUCAAUAUUUUUUGAAGGCUCUGAGCUUCUUGGCUUUGAUAAAAUUCCACUUUACGGUGUAUUUAUUAUAACCUUUGGAUCUGGCUUUCUUAUUGCUGCUGCUGUUCAUUUUAUUGUUGUGCCUCAACUAAGAAAAAGAGUCAUUGCCCAGUGCAAACAAUUUCGAAGUUUUCCUCUCCAGGAAGAAACUGAGAGGGAACCAUUCCACAAAGUUCCGGACAACAUUCCUGCCAUAGAAAUUCAUUCAGCUGAAGAGCUCAAUAGCAAUGUCUCAUAUAAUCCUAAUGGGUCAAAUUUGGAAGAAAACAGGGUUGCCAUUACUACAGGAAAUGGAAACGCAAAUGGAAAUUUAAAUGAUUUUUUGCCUUCAGGGACAAAUGACGCCAUCAAUUCACAGGUCCUCAGUUUGAGCAGCUCUGCCUCUCCCCUGCUGAAACUAGGAGGCAGUGCUGAGAGUUGCUCACAAAUGGAAAUGGGACCAGAUGGGAAACGCAUAUCAUUAUCUGAAGCUGAGAAAAAAAAAGCUCGUGAAAAUGUCCAAGAUGCCCCUGAGACUUACCAGUUGUUUUCAUUUCUGCAAAUACUCACUGCUGUUUUUGGUUCAUUUGCACAUGGUGGAAAUGAUGUCAGUAAUGCCAUUGGUCCAAUUGUUGCCUUAUGGGUAAUUGCCCGUGAUAAGAGUGUAUUGCAAGCAGCUCCCACACCUAUUUGGAUCCUCUUUUAUGGUGGAUGCGGUAUCUCCCUAGGAUUAUGGAUCUGGGGACGACGUGUCAUUAAAACUAUGGGUGAAGAUUUGACUAAAAUUACUCCAUCAAGCGGUUUCUGUAUUGAAAUUGGUUCUGCACUGACUGUUCUCAUUGCUUCCAACAUUGGCAUCCCCAUCAGCACAACGCACUGUAAGGUCGGUUCUGUUGUGUUUGUUGGUCGAGUACGUUCAAAAGAGAAUGUUGACUGGUCACUCUUCCGAAAUAUUGUGUUGGCAUGGCUAGGGACUUUGCCUGCUUCAGGACUGCUCAGUGCCUUGAUAAUGUAUCUCUUCCUAAAGUAUAUACCUACCUGA